AUGAGUUCUCAUUCUUUUGAGUUGUCAGAUCCCGCCUCGGGAGCUCCGGCAACACCAGAAGGCGGGGAGGCUGCCGAGGGGAACGGUGAUGAUCUGCAAUGCAGCGCUUACAAGAACCCCAGACGCACGACACCCUCGCCGCCUUCGGAAGCCCAUACAAAAGUGGCAGGGGAUGCAGCCUUCAUCCCCGAGGACUCGAUUCUUGUCUUCUUCCCCGAUGAUCUGAAUGCCUCUGGAUGCGCCUUGCGCUGUGAAAGAAAACAACAGGCAACGCGCUAUCAAAAAGAAAGCAAAGUGACUUUUUACGGACCUUUAAAUGAACCCCCGACCGUUAUAAGAGAACUUGAAGCUUCAGCCGCAAACGCCGAAGCGGGGGAAGGCCUUUCUUGUCUGCCUAGGCAAAUGGAAAACUUUCUGGAUUGUUCCAACUCCUGCCCGCAUGCUGAAUCUAGAGCUCAACACCAGAUCGAACAAAAGGCUUUACCGGAUCGGGUGCACAGUGCGAUGGCCGCUUCCCCGGCAACUUUCCGUAAGACACAGUCCCCUAGGGGUUCUAGCAGUCCACCUGAAGCAUCUGUAGCUACGCAUGCAGCACCUACUGACGCACAUCAAGCAUCUAAAGCUGUCCAUACAACCCUUACAGAAGCACCCACAGACGAAUCUGCAGCUGAUCGGCAAGCAUCUUCACCUACAGCUGCAGCUCUAAGCGUUGCAGCCAUUGGUGGGGAGUCAGCAUGCGAAAAGGAUCUUGCGGUAGAGGUGGCGAAGUUGAGGGCAUUGGUUGCGAGGCUGCGGGCAGAGAACGAGCAGCUGCAACAAGCGGCUUUAAGCCAUGGACGAUCGUGCAGCGCCAACGACUCGGCUCGUUGUGCAUGUUCAGUUGUAGUUGGAGGGAAAGGCAGCGGCGGUUCGGAAGUCCAGGGAAUUCCCUCUCUUCACAGGCCGUGUGCCAGUGUCGCAUCAUGUCCAGUUGGGCGGAAGGAAGGAGGCACUGAGGCUUCCAGCGAGGAGGCCUCAGUGCGGAGGCGCGGUGCUGCCCCCGGGGCCCCUCCAAGUGGAAAGGGGCCCCCCGGGAGGCCUCCCGGGGGGCCCCCCAGCCGCGCGGAAGGCGCUGCUGGGGGGGGCCCCUUGGGCCCCCUGGGGAGGAGCGGCGCUGCCUGCCUGCUGUGGGGGCUCUGUCCUCCGGAGAAGCCUCUGAGUUCGCUGCGCCGCUGCUGCGUUGACCACUUGCUGCUGGGGGGCAGCUGCCUUGCGGAGUGUAUUAUUGGGGUGGACCGAAGAGGCUGGGGAGAGGGAUUCUUCCGUGGAGUGCAUUGCCUAGGGUGUCGUGUGGGGUGCUGCUCGCUUGCAGUGUUGGAAAUGCGGGAAGAGGGGCAGGAGGCCUACACAGUCGCUCAGGAUCCGCGGCUCAUUGGAUGGUUUUCGAGGCCUCAAAAAUCUUCAGGCGGCACCUGUCUGGAGGCGAAGACUCCUGGCAAUGGCAGGAUAGCGGCAGGGGGGGCUAUUGUCAAAGAGCACUCGAAGGGGAGUUUGCCGCCUCAGUCGAAGGAAGCAGCGUCGCUACCUCCCUCCCUCAGAAAGAGCAUCAGCAUCUCGCUCUCUGCGUUGCGUCGCGGCUGCACCGAUCGCCGCAAUUUCUUGAAGCGGCUGCAGUCCGAUAUCCUCCAAUGCUCCCUCAGCACGUCUGCCAUCGAGCUGCUGCUGGAGUUGGUGCCGGCCAUGCAUCUGGCCAGCGACAGACGGCAGCUGUGGAUGGAUGCGCGGGAGAUGCUCUCGAGACACCGCGAGCGCUCCACACGGCCCCUCGAUGAUGAUGAAGCCUUCACCAGUUUUGUACUUGAAUUUGGAUCUUUGCAUCAACGCCUCGAGCUGCUGCUCUUUAUGAACCGCAAAAACCUAGAGACGCAUAUUUCUUUGCUUCUGGCGCAAGCGCAGGUGAAGCUUGACUGUCUCGCAAUGUUACGUCACCGUGCCGGACGGCUCGCUCGAUGUGUCCAAGUUGCCGCUACGGCCGCAGCAGUCGUCAGCGGCAUUCGGCCCCCCACCCCACGCCACCCCCCCGAAAAUGCUGAAGCAAAGGCCCAAGACUCUGCUAAAGAAAACAAGGCACCUACUUCUGCUGCUGCGGCGCAUCGAGAAGAGACUGAGGGAGAUUUCAGGCAACAAACAGCAGCUAAAUCUCACACUGCGACCGAAGAUCCCCCGAAGUUCAGGUGGCCGUUGCUUUUUGAAAUGGUGGAAAAACACUGCAGCUUCGCGGCGGAUGGCUCUUCGGAUCGGUCUCGCUCCCUCCUGGAGGUUUUAGCGCCACACAUCGGCAAACCCUUGGACGCCUCCGAACUCGCGUUACUGAAGAGGGCAGCACAGAAACCUUUGGCGGCUCUGCUGGAGCAGCAGGCGUCCCUCGUUCGCGUCCUCCUGUUGCUGCAUCGCGCCGCCUCUUUGGCGGCGUCCCCUGGAUUUCGUGAUGCAGCAGGAAGAAAGCAGGAGGCUGCUGAAGAAAAGAACCCGCGAGGGAACCCUGUGCGCGCUGUGGCAGUCCGGCUGUUGCAGUGCUGCCGAUGCAGCUGGGACGACGACGCGCCUUCUUGUCUGGAGGAGAGAGAGGGAGAACUGCAGCAGCAGCAGAAGAAGAAGUCGGAGGGGAUGGCGUCGCAAGAGGAGACGGCAGAUUUGCUUCUUUCCGUCAUUCCGAAGCUGCUGGUGAGCCUCAAAGAAAGGUUGGAGACCUUAUCGCGUCUCGUGGCGCAACUUCUUCGAGAGUACGCAGCGUUUGUGUGCUGGAUGGGAGACAGCGAGUCUUUCCUGCCUAUCGAAGGGCUGCUGCCAAGCAAAACGGACUGCAAGCAUCCCUCACCAGGCGGCCUCCAGAGCCCCCCUUUGCCCUCCUUCCUUGCCGCAGUCAUCCUCCCGAGUGUGCAGGAGGUGCAGCAGCAGGCGCCGUCAAAACUUGGACCGGGGAAGGUUCCUCCGAAAAUGGACGCCUUUGAGCGCUUAAGCGCGUUCUUAGAGAAGGUGUCGCACCACCACACAGAGCCGCUAGCCGCCAGCUGUUCAUCCCGGAAGCUUUUGUGGGAACGGCGAUGCGGCAGCAGUGGCAGCAGGUCAGGAAGCCCCUCGUCCUCGAGUUCUUCCUCGCUGCCUCUCCCAUCUCCUGGAUCGUCUCCCGAAAGCAAGAAGCACCCAAAGAUGAGUCGACAGAAAGGCUUUUUGGCCAUGAAGGGGCAGGCGGAUCCUCAGCCGCUGCGCGUCCAGUGGCAAAGAGAGAGCUCUGCGCUGUUGCCUGGCAAUGCUGGUGGACUGACACCCGGGAAUCUCAGAGGACUCCUUCUUUCAAGGGACGUUGCGGCGUCACGCCAGCACUGGGAACUCGAGAUCACCGCUAAGAGGCUGCGGAAGGUGCUGCGUUCGCAAGGGGCCGAGGAAAAGCAGCCUGCACCUUCCGCGGCGUGUAAUUUUGAGGGAGGAGCCAAUGCCACCAUCCCCUGGAGUACACCACUCAUGGCACAACGCCUAAACAGCAAUGCGCAAGGUGGGGGGGCGACCCCUGCGUUGCCACUACCUCUGUCCGGAGAGCGAAGCUUUCCAGAGGCUGCAAGAAAAAUCCACGUGCCUGCAGAACAGGAAUCCAAGCAGAGGAGCUUCUCGCUCGCCAGCAACCCCUCGGAGUUUUGCAGAGGCAGCUUCGCAUCCGUCUUUUGCUCUGCAAGUGAAAACGCCUUUGGUAAGGAGGCAACAGCGCUGGCAGCCUGCCUGCCUGCCGCUGCCGCCUUGUCCAUGGGUGGCCCACCCCAUGCACGCGUUCUCCUUCACCCUCCACGAAUGAGUUUGACGAUGUCUCCGAACAUGCCUUUGCCCUCUGCCACUUGUCUGUCUCUAUGCACUUCUUGCAGCCUCUGCAGUUCGCGUAGUACCCCUCAAAUCAGUCCCAGAGGCCGCUGGCGCCUCUGGAGGGCCGGAUCCUCCUCCCCCUUCAGCACUCCGAGAGCCGUCUCUGCAUCGCCAUGUCCAAAGAGGGGACACUGA